CCAGCCGCCUUCCUCACCCCGCCCGGGCAGCAGGAUGUGGCGGGGGGGUGCGUGAGCGCGGCGGCCGCGGCAGCGCUUCCCGCUCUCUCGAGCCCGGGGCCAGCUCUCCCCGGCGGGCAGCGCAGGUGGGCGCCGCCCGGGGCAUGCGGGGCGAGCCCGGCCCCGGCCAUGAGGGUCUCGCUGGGCCGGGCCGUGACGCUGCUGUUUCUGGGCGCCGCCUGCUCGCUCAGCUGGUACGCCGUCCGCACCGGCACCGGCACCCGAGGAGAUGGUCUAGACAAGUACCAAACUGAGUUUUUGGAACUUCGUCAAAGACUCUUGUAUGCUGAAAAAGAAAAUAAAAAGAGAUCUCAAGAGUUGAGCAGUGCCCUGGAUGAAAUUAAACGUGUUGUUGCAAAGAGAGAAAACUCUACAGGAAAUCACACAGAUGAUACAAGGUGGAACGUAUUAAAUCUCACCAGCAAACUCUUCGUGCAUCUUGCAAACAUGUACUACUACCUACCUCACCUCCAGAAGCAUGAAGACAGCCUGCACCCCAAUGUUGUCAUUGGUCAAGGGAGAACUGGAGUCUCCCUAGUGAUGGGUAUUCCUACUGUGAAAAGAGAAAAACAAAGUUAUCUGAUUGACACGCUGAAUUCUCUUUUCUUUGAUGUUUCUGAAGAGCAGAAAAAAGAUUGUGUAGUGAUUAUCUUUGUAGCAGAGGUGAAUGCAGAGUAUGUUAACAGUAUUGCAGAAGAUAUUAGAACCAGAUUCCCUAAUGAAGUGCAAUCUGGAGUCCUUGAGGUUAUUUCCCCUCCUGCUUCCUAUUACCCUGACCUCUCCACUCUUAAGGAAACAUUUGGGGACUCAAAGGAAAGAGUGAGGUGGAGAACUAAACAGAAUUUGGAUUAUAGCUUUUUAAUGCUGUAUGCCCAACCUAAGGGAACAUUUUAUUUACAGCUGGAAGAUGACAUUAUAGCCAAACCACAGUAUAUUCAGUCAGUAAAAAGCUUCACUCUUAAACAGUCCUCUGAAUGGAUGAUUCUUGAAUUCUCCCAGCUUGGAUUUAUCGGGAAGUUGUUUAAAUCUGAAGACUUGCCAUUCAUAGUAGAGUUUUUUUUAAUGUUCUACAAAGAUAAGCCCAUAGACUGGCUCCUAGAUCACUUACUCUGGGUUAAAGUGUGCAAUCCUGAAAAGGAUGCAAAACACUGUGAUAAGCAAAAGGCCCAUUUGCGUAUCCGUUCUAAGCCUUCCCUCUUUCAGCAUGUGGGAUUUCAUUCAUCUUUGGCUGGAAAAAUACAGAACUUAAAAGAUAAAGACUUUGGCAAAAAUGCACUACAUAAAGCACAUGUUAACCCCCCUGCAAAAGUGACUACUAGCCUAAAAGUAUACCAGCACUACACUUUAGAAAGGGCUUAUGAAGGAAAGGACUUUUUCUGGGCAUUUGCUCCAGUGGCUGGAGACUAUAUCCUCUUCAACUUUUUAGAACCACUGACAGUGGAAGGGUACCUCUUUAAAAGUGGAAACAUAGAACACCCUGGUGACAAAUUGAAUAACGCUGGUGUGGAAGCUCUACCUGCUGAUGAAACAGAAUUAUUAAAAGAGUCUGCAGACAAUGGAAGUAAAUAUAACUACCAAAGAACCAAAGAUGGCUAUUUAAAGAUAGGUACAUUUGAAAAUGGAGUAGCAGAAGGCAUCAUCAGUCUAUCAGUAGGGAAAAUACAAGCUAUUCGUUUAUCUAUCCAUUCUAAUUCUUCUGUGUGGGUCUUACUGAAUGAGAUAUUCAUCAGGAUGCCUGGAAAGUAGACAACUCCAGAAAAUCACAGUUUUAGAAGCGUCAUUUCUUAAAGACUGCCUUGAAAACCAGACUAUUUACUAACAGCAACAAAUGGUCUGCUAGGAGAAAGGAAAACCUCUCCAUUACUUAAUACCAUGUAUUAGGAAAGAAUUGGAGGAAACAAUGCAACACAACCUUUUGUAUAAAAUAUAUGAAAUUAGGAACUUGAAUAUGUUAAAUAGUUCUGUGAGAUAUCCAUGACAUGCCUUUCAUAAACAAAACUAUAUUUUUAGACCUGUUUCCUUGACCCAUCACAGGGAGUGAAUGACACACAUUAUAAAAUUAAAACAAAAAAUCUUUUUUAAAGAUACGAUUUAUUAGGGCCUCUCUCAGGGAAUAGUGUCAAAGUCCUUGUUGCAAUUCAGUCCCACUAGACUUAAGAGUUGGGUUGGACUAUAAGGGCACAUUUUUUAAUUCCACUGGAACAUAUUGACAGAGAACAUUUUAAUGAGGAAGUGGGGCAGAGAAGAAAAUCAUCAGUAAUUUGCAAAGCAGAGACCCUGUGUCACUAUGAAAACGCAUUUAAUUUCUUAAGAUAGUUUGAGAGCAUGUUUUUCAAUAUGGUCUGUACUGAGUUAAUCACAGAUAGUAAUUGCAGUACUACUGCAGUAUUACUACAGUUGUACUACUACAGAUAACAGUUACAGUACUGAAAGCUUUGGUGGGAGGAAAAACUGUACUAUCCAAAACAUUGUUUUGGAUCUUAAAUUAAAAAAAAUAAAUUAUUUCCUUUCCUAUAUCAUGUGUGCCAGUGCUUAAGUCCUUAUUUAAAAAAUUAAUAGACAAUAUAAUCAAACAAAAUAAAACUAGAAGAGACCCCCAUUUAUAUAUACAUAAUAGGAUGUUGGUUUCUGAGCAAUUUCCAGUAAGGCAGAAUUUCAGCAAAUAUUGAUUCAUGAGUAACUUUAUUUACAUGAGUAGCCUGGGCUUUCUUGGGAGUGGCAGAGUUUACAGGUCACAUCUGCUUCCCACAACAACUUUGCUUGGUAGGAAGAUGCAAAGGAAACUGUGAGAAGUUACCCUCACCUCUACCUACCUGAAUCUAAGAGAAGUAUGAUUAUAGGAGAAGUUAAUUUGAUAUUGGUAAAAAAAACCUAGACAGUGAAAAUAAAGGUAUUUAUUAUUCAUUGUGUGCUGUGGUGCAGGGCAAUUAAAUAAUUAUUGAAUGUUAUUCAUUGAGCCAAAUGUUGCAGCUGUCAGAAAACCUCAAAGAGAGUGGAACAAGGUGGAAAGAUAGUGGAACAAGGUGUGUGUAGGAAAGUCCCCAGCUCCAGAGAAAUUCCUCUCCCCAUACCUAGUGUGGGGCUCUCUUCCAUGGGGACUUUUACCACAGAGUGAUAGUAUGGGGAGAUCGAAUAUGGUGGAUUUGUGAAAGCUUCAUUAGCCCAAAUGCCAUAUAAGGAGAGAAGGCAAGUACAGUGCUUAUUAGUACUAUGUGACUUGCUAACAAGGAUCCCAUUCUGUUUGACUUUAUGAGGAGUGCCAAGCUUUUUACUGUGCUGAUAUCAAGAUUAGGAUAUUACCUAAUAGCAGAAAUGUAUGAAGAAGAAAAGCAGAGUAAAGAUGACAAGACAAAGUUGAACUCACAGAAGCUAUUCAGUCUACACUCCUUUUUACCUGAAACACUGUAACAUCUCUGAGUUAAAAAGAUACUUCCACAGGAGAGACUGCUUAGAAAGUGUACAUAGCAUGUAAACCAGGGUCACUUUCAGGGAUUUUUUUCUUUGCUGACCUUUAGGAAUCUUUAUACUGUAAAUGUGAAAAAGUUGAAACAGCUUGUUUUUCUGAAACCUCCAUUGUUUUCUUUAGUGCAUCAUCUGUUUUUGUAUUUUCUGUUAAAAUAAGUGUUCCAGGACAAUUAUCUGUUUCUUCAGGGUUCCUAUCAGAAUCUUCCAAUAUUCAACCACAUAAUUCAAGGUUUCUAGCUGUUUUACCUGAAUCCAAGAUGACUUUGAAUUUAAGAUGACCCCCCAGUAAUUAGAAUCUCUACAUGUGAAAAAUUGUUACAAUUUUCCAUGUAGAGAAUCUAAUAUUUGGAAGGUCAUCUUAAAUAUGUCCUUCCCGUUACUAUGAUGGGGAAAGCAACAGUACGGAGGGAGCCAGGCUGUCCACUACUUAUGUACUUGCUGCUCCAUACUCCAUGCUGCCCUUCUUUGGUGUCUGCCCCUGCUGCCUGUCCCAAUCCUGCCACUUGCCCACAGUGCCUGUCCCCAUGACACCUGCCCCCCACCCAGUUGUCUUCUCCCACUUCCUACCUCCUACUACUUGGCCCUCUGCCACCACUUACCUUAUAUAGUGGCUCUCACUCCAGCUCUGGCCCAGCCAGGCAAUGUAGUAUUUUCAAAACACCAAGGAGUUAAACUUAUGAAAUGAUAAAGCUUGUUUAUUCAGAGAGCCUUCUUAGCCUACUGAUCUGCUGUUCCCUCCUGCAAUCCCUGGGCCAAUGUAAACACUUAUAUAUAACACUCUUAAAGAUAUCCAUGCAGACAACAGUAGUGGCUGCACUUCCAGCCCUGGAUAAGUGCUAGAGCUGAAGCCCCAGUAGUUCUCUGGCUGCUGUCAGAUCUCCCUUGUUGAUGCCUUGCCAGGUUGGGACGUCUUGUGCAGCAGUGGAGAGGAUGCACAGGGGAGACUGAGCAGUGUGGGGGAGAAGGGGAGUGCAGGGAAGACCACAUGGUGGGUGUCUCCUGUGCACCUCUCCCCUCACUACACUCACUGUGCUUUCCCCCACACUGCACAGUCUUGUCUAUACUUUCCCCACUCCCCCCAACAUUGCAGUGUCUGCUGCACUCCACCCCACCCCAGACAGUCUCCUCCACACUCCCUCUGCCAUGUGCAACCUCUCCCACCAUACAAGCCACCUCAGCCUGACAAGGCAGGAGCAGCAGUAAUAUCUGUGGCUUGGAGGCUGAGUAGCCGCACUUACCUGCUCCAGUAAUUAAAUCGAGGAUAUUGCUUCCCUCCCCCUCCAUGUUGAAUAGAGAAAAAACCUUGUCUUGGAUUGGAAUAAAUAUUGUAAUUUACUGUAACUGAAGAUCAUGGGAAAGGGCUAGAAGGGACCUCACAAGGUCUUCUUGUCCAGCCCCCUCGUCAAGGCAGGAUCAUCCCUGACUAAACCAUCCCAGCCAAGUGUCUGUCCAACCUGCUGUUGAAAAAUGUCCAGAUGGCAAUUCCACAAGUUCUCUAGUAACCUGUUCCAAUGCUUGACCACCCUCAUAGUCAGAAAUUUCCUCUUAAUCUCCAGCCUAAAUUUCCCUUGAUGAAGCUUGAGGCCAUUGUUCUUGGUCCUGCCUGCUACAGCCACAGAGGAAGGCCUGUCUCCAUCUUCUCUGUACUCAUUCUUUAGGUAUUUGAGGAUAAUUAUCAAAUGCCCUGUCAGUCUUCUCUUCCCUAGGCUAACUUCCAUAACCUAAAUUACAUGCUUAGGAAACCUGUUUUUCCUCCUUCUGAAAUCAAAGGUGAAUUAAAUAGAAGAAGCUUCCGUUAAUUAAGUGCCUAGUCUAGGCAAGGUGCUGAAUACUGCCAUUGGUUUCAGUGGAACUGAGUCCUACUGUUGAAGCCCCUGCUUCCAGGUUAGCUACCUGCAACAUGUUUCUGGGUAAUGGCAGAGUGUGGGAGGAUUUUUUAGGUAAGUUGCAAAUCACUGAAAGUAAAAAUUGGAUGAUUGUGCCUUGUAGUUUAAGCUAGUGUAACUCUAGCUGCUAAAAACAAAACUAAGAAACCAAAACCUUUUUCAGAUUAACUGCCUUUAAACUGUUUGUCAGGAAGUGGUUCACACAGUGCUUCAGUGUUCCUGCAUUUUCCACUGCUAACUGAUUGCACUUCUGUAAAUAUGAAUUUCUUUCUGUGCAGCCAGUCUUCUCGCUAGUCUAAUCUGAUUACUUAUCUUGGCAUCAUCACUCUGAAAUCUGCAAACCUUUAAAAGGAGCAUGGAACAUUGUAAAUGUUAAAAAACUGGAAAUAUUGCUUAUGAAACAAGGUGGGGCUUGGUCAAAUUCUGCUCAUGGUCAUCAACCUUCAGUAAGUAUUCUGUGGGCCCAGCGCUUCACCUGCACAGCAUUCACUGCAGAACCAGAGCCCCAUUAACCCUGAUAUGAAACCAAAGUAACCAAAUCACUGAGGUUAUUCUGAAAUUCCACCACAGUAAGAAAGAGCAGAUUUUCAUAUUGUCUAGUGAAAUAAGUAGUUACUUGGGAUUUAGGCCAGGGUAAAUGAGAACUAUUUGUCUCAGCAAAUAAAUUUGUCUACUUCAACUUUAUUAUUUUAAUACCAACAGUGAAACUGUUGGUAUGAUCGUCACAGGGAAAUGGUGAACUGCCUUUCUAGGGAAUUAAGUCUGUGAUUUUAUCUUUAAACUUGCCUUUAAUGAAGAGGUUAUUGAGCAGGUUUAGCAUUCUGUUUGAGCCUGCAAGCUGUAUUGCCAAUCUAUGAUUCAAACCCCAACAAUGGACUAAGAGACUGUACAUAGAAAAUUUCUGGGGACAGUGACCACUAUUUGCAGAGCCCUCUUGUGGGCUCAUUAAAAAUUGGUACUGGUCCUGCCUGCAGAGGCGGCAGCCUGUUUUGUCAGCAAGAGGUAGGAAAUCCCAAUAGCCCUAAUACUUGAAAGUGGAAUGUGAAUAGAAGAUAAAAACAUCCCUUAACUGAGGAGACCACAGAAUACAAGUUAUUCCUAGAUUUGUUUGCUAUACAAUAAAUACUGUAAGCACCGUUUACAAGGGGAAGACUGUAAAAUCUAUUUACAAAACAAAAUGGGAAUUUUUUUUAGCCUGAAACAAAACACUGUGCAACCUCAAUAAGAGGUACUAUUUCUUGCCAAGUCGUAUACAACCUUUUAUAUGAUUUUAAAAAAAUAUAUAUUCUCCAAAAUACAUACUACCUCAUCUCCCCAUGUACCAAAUCAGUUUAAAAGAUAAGUAAAAGUAUGCUUUUCAGAUAAAUACCUACCUAUUAAUGAUAUAUAUUCAUUAAUAUGUAUAUUAAUGAAUAUAUGUUUAUGAACUGAAUAUGUAUAUUCAGUUCAUAUUGAUUUGCAUUUACUGUGGUGAAAAAGUGAACAACUACUCUUAUGCCUGAUUUUAGCACUUGUUUUAGCUUUUUUUUCUAGGAGCAUUUUAAAAGAAAAUCUUAAUAUUUUUCUAAGACAGAGAGUUCCCACUUGGUUUUAUUUUGCUGUUUUUUGUUUAUUGGUAUUUUAGUAUCUACAUCCCUUAAUGAUACAAGUACCACUGACGUUAUUGUGAGUACAAGCAGGAUUAAGAGUAGUCGUUCUUCUUUAGCAUGUUUGCAUAACCACUGCUAAUGCUAAUAGGCUCUGCCUCCUUACUGAAACCCCUCUGACACUGGACUAAUUCUUAAUAGUUGAAUUCUGAGAUAUGCAGCCAAACCGAUGAAUACAGCUAUAUACUUAUUUAUGUUAAAAUACAUCUUUACUGUUAUGAAUGUAUAGGACAUGUCACACAUUUGGGAUCCCACCCUUCAUAGUCACUCUUUCUCCUUUUCUUAUAAAUCAUAGUUUUUGUAGAUGAAUGUUAAAUCUGCUACCUGUAAUGUAAACAGACCCCUUGUCUUGUCUGGGUAUUUUUUUGUUUUGUAACUGUUAGUGACUGUAUUAUUUAUUUCAAUAAAUCUAAUCUUCAGAUAUA